AUGGAUGGUCCUACCAAGUUAAGUGUAUAUCCUAAGAUCAAGAAAGAAUCAUCUUCCUGUGCUGUGAAAGUUGUGCAGCCUACAUUGAAGAUGUUGAAUGAUGAGAACUCAGAGGCAAUAUGGGAUGCCGCAGUUCAUUUGUUAUGCACCAUAACAACUUCAUUCCCAUUUUCUAUUCGUAAUCAUUACGAUAGUAUUGAUGUUGACUGUGUUGAAUCUGCUAUUGCCUUAAAACUUUUGAAUGGAGGAUGCAGUCUUGAUCUGUCAAAGAAACUCGCCCAUUGCCUUGCACUGCUUCCAAAAUCAAAAGGAGACAAUGAAAGCUGGUCUGUGAUGAUGCAGAAAAUUUUGGUGUUAAUAAAUGAUCAAUUAAAUUUAGCUUUUCAUGGUCUAGAAGAAGAAACCAUGCGUGACGGGGUUUCUAGGUUGUUGGUUUUACCAGGGAAACAUCCUCCACCACCGUUAGGAGGCUACAUAUUAGCAGAAGAAGUUAGUAACAAGGCAUCAAGAAUGUCUGAGCAAUCACUGAUGUCUAAUGUCUCUACCCUUAUGUUUGGCUGUUGUCUAAUGCUUACAAACUCAUAUCCUGUUAAGGUAAAUGUGCCUGUUCGCCUGUUGUUGGCCCUGGUUGAGAGAGUUCUGAUGGUAAAUGGUUCUUUGCCACAAAUGUCAUUGCCAUUCGUGACUGGCAAGCAGCAAGAGAACAUUUGUUCAGAACUUCCAGUUUUACAUUUGAGUAGCCUGGAAUUGCUUACGGCCAUCAUAAAGUCUCUGGGCAGUCAACUAUUACCGCAUGCUGCCUAUAUUGUGCGGAUCAUUACAAAGUACUUCAAGACAUGUGAAUUGCCAGAGUUAAGGAUUAAGGUCUAUUCAGUCACAAGGAAUUUGCUCAUAACCAUGGGUGUCGGAAUGGCUUUAUACCUUGCACAGGAAGUUUUCAACAAUGCUUUUACCGAUUUAAGUAGUAUCGAGCAGAGGAAUGGUGGCAUAUUAAAUGGUUCAAAUUCAAAUCCCUCUGUUGGAGCAGUGCUACCGUCCAGUCAUAGAAAAAGGAAGCACAGCAGUGCCAUGGGGUCCCUUAAGGAGCAUGAUGAAGGUGGUGGUUUGGGUUUGGAAGUUCCCAAGAAACGUCCUUGGACUCCUAUUUCUCUGAGAAUAGCUGCACUGGAGACAUUAGAGGCUCUUAUUACUGUGGCUGGUGCUUUAAAAUCUGAACCAUGGAGAUCAAAAGUUGAUAGCCUUUUGAUCGUCAUAGCCAUGGAUUCUUUUAAGGAAGGAACAGUUGGUGAAGAACUAAGUGUGGUUCAACUAAAGGAACCUGCUGCCAAUGUCUCAGAUUUGCAGCUUGCUGCAUUGCGGGCUUUAUUGGUGUCUUUCCUUUCAUUUGCUCGAGUACGGCCUCCACAUUUAUCCCAGGGUCUUGAACUUUUCUGCAGAGGGAAGCAACAAACUGGAACAAAGCUAGCUGAGUUCUGUGCUCAUGCUCUGUUAACCUUGGAAGUGCUUAUACAUCCUAGGGCACUUCCAUUGGUAGAUUACACCUAUGCAGAUAAUAAUUCUUUUGAUGAAGCUCAUAGUAAUCUCCAACAUGAAUACUUUGGCCAGAGCAAUAAUGCCUCAUAUGGUUUACCACAAGUUCCUCCUGACUACGAUGAUGAUCUUUGCGCUAGAUGGCUUGAAAAUGGCAAUGAAGCUGAUGUGUCGAUGGGUAAAGAUACAAAAAACAACCAAGAGCCUUCUGAAGCUUGCAGAGCAAGCGACCCUGAUGCACUUCCCGAGCAUGUAUCUUCUGACACCAAUAUACAGGAGAUGACCAAGAUGGGUUCUGAGACUGCCACUUGUGCAGAUGUUGAAAUGAAAACUGUUGGGGAUGAAACGGAUUUCAAAUCAGAUCAACCUGGAGAAUCUGUGGUGCAUUUUCAGGAACCUGGACCCUGCACCACAAACAUCCCCAUGGCUGAAGCUCACAAUGAUGUAGUUGAUGAUAUAGUGUCUGAGAAGAUUGUUGCAGACAGUACUGUUCCUCAUAAUGAAGCCAGUCAUAUGGAAUCAGACCAAGGAAGUUUUGUUAAUAAAGACUAUGAAAUUGCUUCUCAGAGUAAUAGUUUAUGGCAAACAACCUCAGGCUCUAAUAUUUUUCAGGAAUUUGCUUUUAAAUUGGAUCAUGACAACAAUUCACUAGCCAACGAAGAUGAUUUUCCUGAUAUUGUGGAUGGAGAUCCAGAUUCUGAUUCUGAAUAA